AUGGCUGGCAACUCGCACGGCUUCUCCAGCCCGACAGAGUCGGAAUUCUCCGACACGGACGGCCCCGACUCCGUCAAGAACUGGGACGAGGACAGAGUGUGCGACUACCUCGCCAGCGUCAAGUGCGGCGAGUACGAGAAGCUGUUCCGCAAGAACCACAUCAAUGGCGAGAACCUGCUGGAGAUGGACAAGGAAGUCCUUAAGGAGAUGGGCAUCGACAAGGUCGGCGACCGCGUGCGUCUCUUCCUCAGCAUCAAGAAGCUGAGGACAAAGGCCUACGCCAACCAGAAGAAGCGCAACAGGGACUCGUUUGCUGGGCUAGAUAUCCUGCCUCUGCAGACCCUCAGCAGCUCUACCAUAUCCUCCAACACGCGAUCCGCGCCUGCUCCGUCCAUCAACAAGCGGUACUCGAGACAGGUCGACAUGUCUGGCGCCGGCGCCUCCGACCACGGAAGACCCAACUCACGGCCUAGCUCGCCUCAACCAGUGCCGGAUGCACGAACACGACAGCAGCAGCAGCAACAACAACAACAGCAACAGCAAUACCCCUCUGGCAGGGGCUACGUAGCGCACCAGAACCAGAAUGCAACGACAAUUGCUUCCUCCGGCCGCCCAAUACCCUCGCACACACGCAACAACUCCAGCCUGGACGGCUCUCUCAUGGCCACCCUGCCCCAAGGCCAGCAUAUCAUCCGGGUAAUCUCCACUGGCGGCGUUACAAAGGUCGUCAAGAUUGCGGAGUGCAAUACCUGCGAGGAUGUCAUGCGCGUCACUCUGCGCAAGUUUGGCCUUCGCGAAGACCACGAGCGAAACUACUGUUUCUGGGUCCUGACCGGCAUCGACGCCGAUCCCAGCCAAUGCCGCCGCCUGGGCGAUACCGAGCUGUGGCGCAUCAUCAAGGACCAGCGGAGGCCGGAGCGGAAUCGCCUGAUUCUCAGGAGAGUGCCGGCUGGAGAGCCCGGCGAGGCCGAACUGCAACGCGCUGCCGCCAUUGCCAUGGAAGAAGAGCAGCAGAAGCACGCGCGAGCCCUCGAGGGCGUAGACAAGAGGAGCCAGCUCAAGUUUGGCGGGCUGCGUCCUCCGAGCGAGCUCAUCGCAUCAGACCUGACGUCGUACUUCCCAGACCAUGCCCGCGAGGACAUUGACCGGACCGCCAGGCUUUCCAUGAGGAGGUCGACCCGCUUGAGCAAGAUCAAUAGCCGGCUUAGCGUGGCGAGCAACUUGAGUUUUGCCUCGAGCAUCCAGGACGCCCCUCCCAUCCCUACCAUUGCGGACUCGUGGCUGGGUGGAAACGGCCAUGUGGCCAAGCUUCGUCUUCAGGGCGGACGAGCUCCGACGCUCUACAGCAGAGACUCGAUUGCAUCGUCGAUGCUGGGAACCCUGCAGGAGGAGGCGUCAUCACCCACGGAACCGAACCGCAAGUCGUACGUCUCCUUCUCGGACACCAGCGACGCCACUGGCCUCAGCGUCACGGACCCGGACGGCAACACGGCCAGCACCAGCUACUAUGACGCGGACGGGUCCACCGGGUCCGGCUCUUUCCAGGAGCUGCAGCAGGCUCUCAACGAGGACGAGGACGAGGCUGACGAAGAGUUGGAGAGCUUCCUGGCCGGCGACUCGUGGGACGACAACAAGUGGAUGAAGGGAGCCCUGAUCGGACAGGGAUCCUUUGGCAGCGUGUACCUGGCGCUGCACGCCGUGACGGGAGAGCUCCUGGCCGUGAAGCAGGUCGAGAUGCCCGCGCCCGGCGCAAAUAGCCAGACCGACAGCCGAAAGAAGAGCAUGAUUGACGCCCUCAAGCGCGAAAUCAGCCUCCUGCGGGAGCUGCGGCAUCCCAACAUCGUGCAGUACCUGGGCUGCAGUUCAUCCGCCGAUCAUCUCAACAUUUUCCUCGAGUACGUCCCCGGCGGGUCGGUGCAGACCAUGCUCAACUCGUACGGCGCCCUGCCCGAGCCCCUGGUGCGCAGUUUCGUGAGGCAGAUCCUGACGGGCCUUUCGUACCUACACAACAUGGACAUUAUCCAUCGCGACAUCAAGGGGGCCAACAUCCUGGUCGACAACAAGGGCACCAUUAAGAUUUCCGAUUUCGGCAUCUCCAAGAAGCUCGAGGCGUCCAACAUCCUCAACGGGGCUGCUAACAACAAGCACCGGCCGUCGCUGCAGGGCUCCGUGUUCUGGAUGGCGCCCGAGGUGGUCAAGCAGACGUCGUACACGCGCAAGGCUGAUAUCUGGUCCCUGGGCUGCCUGGUGGUCGAGAUGAUGACGGGCUCGCAUCCGUUCCCGGAUUGCAGCCAGCUGCAGGCCAUUUUCAGGAUCGGUGGCGGCAAGGCAACUCCCACCAUACCCGAGCAUGCUAGUGACGAUGCAAAGACGUUCCUGGGCCAGACCUUUGAGCUGGAUCACAACCUGCGGCCGAGUGCCGACGAGCUGAUGCUCAGCCCUUUUCUAGCACAGAUUACUUGA